AUGGAGCUGCCAGACAAAAGGAAACGAGGAAGACCACAGAGGAAAUUCAUGAAUGGCGUGAAGAAGGACAUGGAGAAGGUCCCCAAGAGCCUUCAUCUGGCAACGUGGUGCCAGGACAACCACCUCCAGCUGAACGUCGGCAAGACCAAGGAGCUGGUGGUGGACUUCACAAGGAGUCAGCACAGGAACUACAAGCCCAUUAUCAUCAGCAGAGCUCCAGUGGAGAGGGUGCAGUCCUUCAUGUACCUUGGUGUCCACAUCUCCUCAGAUCUGACAUGGUCUGCUCACAUUCAGAUACAGUUCAAAAAGGCUAUUCGGAGCCUGCACCACCUACGACAACUGAGGAAGUUCAGGGCCUCUCCAGGCAUCCUCAGGACUUUCUAUACAGUUACUGUAGAGAGCAUCCUCACACAGAACAUCAAGUCCUGUAUGGGAACAGCUGUGUCAACCAACCCGCGGAAGCAGCGCAGGGAGCGAACCACCUUCACCAGGACUCAGCUGGACAUCCUGGAGUCGCUGUUCGCCAAGACCCGUUACCCGGAUAUCUUCAUGAGGGAGGAGGUGGCGCUGAAAAUUAACUUGCCGGAAUCUAGAGUGCAGGUCUGGUUUAAGAACAGACGAGCCAAGUGUCGGCAGCAGCAGCAGAGCAGCAACAGUGCCAAGGUAAAACCACUGAAGAAGAAGUCAUCUCCAACCAGAGAGAGCACUGGUUCAGAGAGCAGCGGUCAGUUCACUCCGCCGGUAGUGUCCAGCUCCUCCUCCACCUCUUCCUCUUCAUCCGCCUCCUCUUCCUCAUCUGUCUCCUCUGGUCUAAGUGGACCUGGUCUUAUUAGCACAUCUACCUCCAUCACUGCUCCAGUGUCAUCCAUCUGGAGCCCGGCACCUAUCUCGCCAGCACCAGCACCGGCCACUCUGCCUGACCCUGCCGCCCCUACCAGCGCGUCCUGCAUGCAGCGCUCUGUGUCAUCAUCUGCGACAAGUGGAACGUCGUCCUAUCCUGUUUCCUACAGCCAGACAGCAGCAGCGUACAGCCAGGGUUACCCGGCUUCAGCAUCAGGUUCCUAUUUUGGUGGUGUUGAGUGCGGCUCGUACUUGGCACCCAUGCAUUCCCACCACCACCCGCACCACCCUCACCAGCUCAGCCCAAUGACUAGCAGCUCCAUGUCAGGACACCCACAUCAUCACAUUGGCCAGACG